UGUCGGGAAACUGCCUUGUCGACCAGUCGUUCUUCCGAUUGCCUAUUUUACCUCUUUUUGGCUUGCCCAAGUGACCCGUUACUAACCGGAACUCUCCCCAUCCUAUUAUACUCCCUCCAGUCCAUUCCUAGCUCCCCCCAUAUCUUGCUCCUUCUGUCUGCCAAACAGGACCUGGGGGCUUCUCUAACUGACGAGCCUACCAACAACAGCUUCGAAUGGACCUCCAGCUUCCCGUCGGUAGUGCAGACCAACGGACUGUUUAACCAGCUGGGCAGUACCUGUGAGUUUUUGGUGGACACCAAAAACUCUUUAGGCUGGCUGAUGGUGGAUGUGGAAGAUACUAGCGGCCAUUCCAUCCCUGUGGCCAUCGACCUACUCUCUCCGAGUGACGCCUCUCUGCCGCCGAUGGUGAAGUCGGAGGCUUAUAAAAUCCGAUUCACACCAACCCGACUUGGCUACUAUCGGGCCACGCUACGAUGGAAUGGGCAAGACUUGCAAGGCAGCCCAUUCACUUGCUGCACCGUCGACGCCAGUCAGGUAGGAGAGCGAGGGAGCUCAUUUGUGGCCUUUUCACAUGCCUAUUCACACUUGGUCCCUCAGAAAACGGCGUGUGGCAUAGGCGAGUCGAACCCUCUCCAACUGGUUCAUUGUACGUCCGAGCAGCGCAACCUCGGGGUUGAACUGUUAUGGGGUCUAAGGCUGUCCAUGUGA